ACAAGCCAAGGACCUCUCUCCUCCCCCCUCCUUCAUCCCAUAUGAGCGUAAUGUGUUGCAUAGGAUCAAACUUCCCAAAUCCAGGUUCGUGACCGGGAUUCCAAAUCAGUUUCCAAAUCGAGGUAUAUAGCCUCAAAGGCUAUCAAACACUUACCAAAAGUCACGUUAUAGCUGAAAGCGCCACUAUUCUGUGUACAUUUGCAAACAAAGCGGAUCUGUUCGAUAUUGGGGGGGAAUGUUCAGCACCAGAGGAGGUAUUGGUGUGACUCAUGCGUGCGUAGUAACGAAUAAAUAGUCAAUGCACGCGGCUCUAAAUAUCAGCAAAUCAAACGUAGGCUACUUCUCUAAAAAGGUCACCGUGGAUGGGAUUUUGUAGACAACUGAUAUUCAAAACCCCGUUUUUCUUGAAGUGACAAAAGCGCACCAGACGUUGCGUUGCGUUGCCAAAGGACUUUAUUUCACCAUCGUCCUAUAGUUUCUUUUUGGGGCUCUACUUGGUCACCUGUACCCACCCUCAGCACGUGAAUGUGACUUUUCAUCUUGAAUAAAAUAAGUGAGGUUUCGCAGAAAGUGACAGCGAGCUUUGGAGUGAGGACAUMUGUACUGUAUCUUAGGAGUGAUGGCGGCGUCUGCACCUUCCUCGUCUGGCAACGAACCGGAUCCCAACUCGACAAAUUUACGACCACCAGGCUCAAGCUAUGACGCUUGGUGUGGAGUUGCUCACGGAUGUUCUAGAAAAUUGGGAAUGAAGAUAUGUGGAUUUUUGCAGAAGAACAACAACCUCGAGGAGAAGAUUAGUUCCUUCAAGGAAAGAUCGUCUAAGGACCUGCUGGAUAACAGCGACAGGGAUUCGCGUUUCAGACGCACGGAGACGGACUUUUCCAAUCUAUUUGCUAGAGAUUUAUUACCAGCUAAAAAUGGAGAGGAGCCAACUAUGCAGUUUUUGUUGGAGGUGGUGGAUAUUCUCACAAACUACGUCCGGAAGACCUUCGACAGAUCCACCAAGGUCCUGGACUUCCACCACCCCCACCAGCUGCUGGAAGGCAUGGAGGGCUUCAACCUGGAGCUAUCUGACCAACCUGAAUCUCUGGAGCAGAUCCUGGUGGACUGUAGGGAUACCCUGAAAUAUGGAGUGAGAACAGGUCACCCCAGGUUUUUCAAUCAGCUAUCUACUGGCUUAGACAUCAUUGGCUUGUCAGGAGAAUGGCUCACCUCCACUGCAAACACUAACAUGUUCACCUAUGAGAUCGCCCCAGUCUUCGUGCUCAUGGAACAGCUGACGCUGAAGAAGAUGAGGGAGAUCAUUGGCUGGCCUGAUGGAGAGGGCGAUGGGAUAUUCUCACCAGGUGGAGCGAUAUCCAACAUGUACAGUGUGAUGAUCGCCCGCUACAAGUUCUUCCCUGAAGUCAAGACCAAAGGCAUGACUGCUGCCCCCAGACUGGUGCUCUUCACCUCUGAGCAUAGCCACUACUCUAUAAAGAAAGCCAGUGCUGCUCUGGGCUUUGGAACAGAAAACCUGAUCCUGUUGAGCACAGAUGAGAGAGGGAGAGUCAUUCCCGCUGAUUUGGAAGCCAAGGUCAUCGAUGCCAAGGCGAGGGGUUGUGUCCCAAUGUUCGUGAAUGCUACAGCUGGUUCCACAGUGUAUGGAGCAUUCGAUCCCAUCCACGAGAUUGCAGACAUCUGCGAGAAAUACAACAUGUGGUUACAUGUGGAUGGUGCGUGGGGAGGAGGCCUACUGAUGUCCAGGAAGCACAGGCACAAGCUGUGUGGCGUAGAGAGGGCCAACUCGGUCACCUGGAACCCUCACAAGAUGAUGGGUGUGCCACUGCAGUGCUCUGCCAUUCUGGUCAGAGAGAGGGGAGUUUUAUCAGGCUGCAACUCCAUGUGUGCUGGCUACCUCUUCCAACCAGACAAACAGUACGAUGUAUCGUACGACACGGGGGACAAGGCCAUCCAGUGUGGACGACAUGUAGAUAUCUUCAAAUUCUGGCUCAUGUGGAAAGCGAAGGGAACAAUAGGGUUUGAACAGCACAUCGACAAGUGUUUGGACCUCUCGCAUUAUCUCUACACUAAAAUAAAGGGUCGCGAGGGCUAUCAGAUGGUGUUCGAUGGAGAGCCCCAGCACACGAAUGUCUGCUUCUGGUACCUUCCGCCAGGCAUUCGUGACAUGCCCGAUGGUCAGGAGAAGAGGGAGAAGUUGCAUAAGGUGGCCCCCAAGAUCAAGGCGUUGAUGAUGGAGUCUGGAACCACUAUGGUGGGCUACCAGCCUCAGGGAGACAAGGUCAACUUCUUCCGCAUGGUCAUCUCCAAUCCUGCCGCCACCAGGUCAGAUAUCGACUUCUUGACCGAUGAGAUUGAGAGACUGGGGCAGGACUUGUAAUGGCCACACCCAUUAGGAGGAUGUUGCCCUUUGACCUUUCGUUCUCAGCUUUGUCAUGUCCAGCUCUAAAAAGACCCUGAGCUACACUGAGCUUCAUAUUCCUGUUGUCUCUUGACCAAUCAUGUAGGACUUUGAAUCUUCAGCUGCUUGUAGGUCUUUUUAGACCACAGGUAACCUUCAGAAUAAUAAAUGUGGGUCUCAUAUG